AUGACUUCCCUAUGUAUAUUAGGCUGUGGCAACCUCGGGGCUGCCAUCCUGGAAUGUUUACUUAAGGCAGCCAAGGCAGAUGCUCCUUCGACCUCAAUCAACAGAUUCACUGCCUGUGUACGCAGUGAAAGGUCCCGGCUGCGGUUGUCCGAGCGAUUUGGUACCUACAAGGGCCCAUUAGAAAUUCUGAGCGGCGGCAGCAAUGUCGCAGCCGUGAAGUCCUCGGACUAUGUCGUGCUGGCGGUUGACCCUGCGGAUGUCGAAAACACCAUUAGGCAGCCAGGUCUGGCCGAUGCUCUUGCAGGCAAGCUGUUAAUCAGUGUGAUUGCUGGAUGGACGAGAGACAAAAUUGAGACUGCCCUUACUGCGCAUUCUAGCGAUAGCUCCUCUAAGUUUUGGGUUGUUCGCACUCUGCCCAAUAUUGCUGCUACAGUUGCUCAAUCUAUCACCGCAAUCGAAACACCAAGCCCAGGGCUCCCAAGCAAGUAUUUGGAAGUCACGGACGAGGUUUUCAGCUGCAUCGGCAAGACAAUACACUUGGACCCCAGCCGUAUUGAUGCUUUCACGGCAGUCGGCGGAUCCACUCCCGCCUUUUUUGCGGUGAUUGCCGACGCCUUGGUUGAUGCUGCUGUUGCUACAGGUGUGCCAAGGGGCGAUGCGAAUGCGAUCAUUGCGCAAUCCAUGCUGGGUUCUGCGAUCCUCCUACAGAACGGACUACGACCCGCCGACCUUCGGGACCAGGGUACCUCCCCUGGCGGAUGCACGAUUGCUGGUCUCAUGGUUCUCGAAGAGACAGGGGUCCGCGGCGGUCUAAGUCGUGGUCUUCGUGAGGCUGUGACGGUCGCGAGAUUGAUGGGAUCAGGGCGAGAAAACCUCAACGACACACGGUCGUAA